AUGCAGCAGAGGCAACCUCUAUAUGCGCACAUGGAAUGUAGCGCAGUCAAUGACCGACUGCCGAGUGGCGUGAAGAGGCGCAGCACACUCUGUUCUCUCCGGUCAUGCGAACCAAAAGGCUGUUUAUAUGUAGUAGAAUAG